GGUAGUGUGUUAGGUGUUGGGCGAAGAUAAGUUUGUUCCUGCUUCUAGUUGGACACAGCAGGGACACCAUGCAGGUCCCAGACAUUCUCCUUCAUGCAGUGAACUUGGAGCGGCGGACAGCGGCUCUUGUCACCACCGCCGCCUGCGGCGUGGGAGCUCUGCUGCUGCUGCUGCGGACGGCCAGCGGCCGCCGAGCAGCGACGGAGCAGAUCCAGAGAGCCAGAAGCAGAAGGAGCGACAAUGUGCAGCAGGCGGAGCAGGCGGUGCUGCGGUACAAGCAGGCGCAUCCGUCGACCGACUCUGAUCAGAUCCUGUCACUGUCACUGUCUGAGUUGGCAAAGCAACUGCAGGAUGGCUCACUGAGCCCCGAUGACGUGUUGUACUCCUACAUGGAAAAGGCCCUUGCUACACACAACAAACUGAACUGCUGCACCGAAAUUUUACUGGACAGCUUUGAUCAGCUGAAAACACUUGGCUCCAACAAAGACGGUCUGCUGUACGGAGUUCCAGUUAGCAUCAAAGACAAUCUCUCCUAUCAGGGUCACGACUGCACUUUGGGUAUGAUCGCUAAUCUGGAUAAACCUGCCCCAAAGGACAGUGUGCUUGUUGAAGUUCUGAAGAAACAAGGAGCUAUACCCUUCGUGAAAACAAACCUACCCCAAGCCCAAUUAACUUAUGACUGCAGUAACCCGAUUUAUGGUCGGACUGUGAACCCCCAUAAUGCUCAGAAAACCCCUGGAGGUUCGUCCGGUGGGGAAGGAGCUCUCAUUGGGGGAGGGGGCUCCAUCCUCGGUAUAGGGACUGACAUAGGAGGUAGUAUCCGUAUUCCCUCCUCAUUCUGCGGGAUCUGUGGUUUUAAGCCGACAUCGGGUCGGCUGAGUUCACAGGGUUCAGUUUCCAUUUUUCAAGGGCAAAAGUCUGUACUAUCAUCUGUUGGACCCAUGGCAAGGGAUGUGGACAGUCUGGCACUGUUUAUGCAGGCUCUUCUCUGCGAUCACAUGUUUUCCCUGGACCCCACUGUGCCACCAUUACCUUUCAAUCUGCAGAUUUACCAGAGUUCCAAACCUCUGAGGAUCGGUUAUCUAGAAAACGACGGCUACUCGCAUCCUUCUCCAAGCAUGGCCCGCAGCAUCCAAGAGGUUAAAGCUCUGUUAGAAGAAGCAGGGCACAUUUUGGUGCCAUACUCUCCUCUGAAGAUAAAUUAUGCUGUCACUGAACUGAUGAUUAAAGGUGUUUUAGCUGAUGGAGCAACCAGCAUCCUACAAAAGCUGAAGGGGGGUCCUCUGGACCCUUGUCUCAGACCUCAGGUUCAAAUGUACUCUGUCCCUAAGUGGUUGAAGAAAACCCUCUCGUUCCUCCUCAAACCUUUUUCUCCUCGCAUCCCUGCUGUCCUUCAGGCUCUCUGUGGGGUUGGAUCUGUUGCAGAUCUAUGGGAGCAUCAUGCUGCUAUUGAGGACUACAUUCGUGAGACGGUAGCAGAGUGGAGGCGGUGCAACAUAGAUGUGCUGCUGUGCCCUGUCUUCGGACCAGCCUACCACUUAGACCGUGGUAAACAUACAUCUGCUGUCAGUUUCACAGUUCUUUACAAUCUCCUCAAUUUUCCUGCUGGUGUGGUCCCUGUUUCCACGGUGACAGUAGAGGAUGAGGAGGAGCUUAAGCACUUCAAGGGCAAUUAUCAGGACACCUGGGACAAGCGUUUUAAAGAGGCUGUGACUGGAGCUGAGGGUCUGCCCGUGGGGGUGCAGUGUGUGGCCCUGCCGUGGCAGGAUGAGCUCUGCCUUCGCUUCAUGAAGGAGGUGGAACGACUGGUUAAACAGAACAGAAAGUAGAGCUUCUGCUCUCAGUCCAAAAGGUGGGCCGGUCUCAAGUGCCUCAGGUGAAUGUCAGCUGAAGGCUUUUUUGAUCAAGGUUUUUUUCAAUGAUGCAAGUAUAACCAAAAAAUGGUGUUAACCAACAUCAAAUCACAAAUUUAUCUCAAAAUGUAGGUGAGUGUUUGAAAAUUUGACAUGAUCUUCAGGAGUUAUGAAUGAUCAACCUCUUGUUCACUUUUAAAUCUUUUUUUUCUAAGAAAGCAUGAAGUUGGUUUUUGCGUCGGUCUUUCACCACCAGUUGUGAUUACUAUUUUACAUGAACAGAAGCUUGCUAAAACUAGACUAAAAUUAGUCCACCAAAUACAGAACAUCCUGGUAAAAAAUGGUGGAUUAGGAUUUUGUUUUGUUAGAGAACGAAUGCUUUCUCUGAUCUGAUUUUCAGGAAUAAAACAGUAACUGACUUUAGCUGUUAUUCCUCCACACUAGAGUAAAUUUUUUGGGGCUUUCUCACCUAUUGUAAUGUAAUGCAUAUGUAGUAAAGUACUGGAUAUGAUCGAUCUUUCCCUCCUCUGAACUUAAGUGUCCUUCAUUGGGUGCAAAAUGAUUUUAAGGCUUGUUUGUAUACACCAACUACGCUACUGAAUAAAAUGGUUAAUGAACUAA